GUGGAAGCGUUUGGUUGCAAUUCGUCAGCUUCGUCGAUUGAAAGCCGAAGCAAAAAAUGUCGCAGGACUCGUCACGAUUGUUCAAGACCUGAAGCAGGAGCUUGGCGAAGCCCGUCAACAGGCGGAAGAUGCAGCAACUCGAGAGCUGCAGCAGCAGGCUCGAGCAGAUGAAUUACAGAAGCAGCUGCAGCAGUCGAAGAAGGAGGUGAAGGAACUUAGAGGAGAGCUUAAAGCAAAAACAGAAAUGCUAGGAGAGCUGCAGAGACAGCUGGAGUCUCUGCGUUUGUAUCUAGUAGGCAGCGGUGCAGCAGCAGCAGCAACAGCAACAGCAGCAGCAGCAGAACAGGGGGGGCUGAGGAGAGGGUUUACCGUAGAAGUGAGUGAAAUAAAGACAUUGAUAGAGAAGAGGGAAGCAGCAGCAGCAGAAAAAGCAACGCAGCAGCAACAGCAGCAGCAAGUGCUGCAGCAGCAGGUGCAGGAGCUGCAGCAGCAGCUGCAGCAAGAGAAGGAACAGCGACAGCUAGCUGAUGCGAAGUAUAAACUUGUAUUAGAAGACAGCAGCAUGAUGGGUUUACGAGCAGCACCUGCAGCAGCAGCAGCAGGAGGAGGAACAGGAGCAGCAGCAGGAUCAGCAGCAGGAUCAGCAGAAGCACCACGUGCAGCAGCCGCAGCAUCCACAGCAGCAGCAAGAGCAGCAGCAGCAGCAGCAGCAGGAAGCCGCGCUGUAUUAAAGGCUGCUUCUGCUUCUGAAGGUAGCUAUAAGCAGCACGAAGCAGCAGCAGCUCUAUGGGAGAAGAGAUUUAUCGAUUUGCUGCUGAUAGGUGCAGCAAACGUUGGGAAGCGACAGCUGCUGCUGUCUCUUAUUCAGAAAUUAGGAGACAGGGAUGCGUUGCUGCAGCUGCAGCAAGUGCAGCAGCAGCAGCAAGAUAAAGCGGGCUGGAGAGAAGAUCUUAUCAGGGUGAAAGGAGGAGGAGGCGUAGGCGUUAUAAAUUGUUUAUUAUUUUCUCUUGACGACUCAUUGCAGUCUGCUUGUUUAGGGUUUCAUUAUCGCGAGCUGUCUUCGCCUUCUUCUUUCUAUGAAUAUUUAAAACCGUGGUUAGAUGCACUUGCUGCUUAUCGCAGCAGCAGCGUAUCUCCUUUAGCUCCGCAGCAGCAGCAUCAUCAUCAUCAUCAGCAGCAGCUGCAGCAUCAGCAGCAGCAGCAGCAGCAGCAGGUGUUGCUGCGGGGUUCGACUGGGAGAGCUUCUUCUUCUUUAUCUUCUUCUUUACUGCGAUCUUCUAACUCAUUUCCUUCAACACUCGUUGACAGCAUUAAAUCGUUUAUUGCUGCAGGUAGAAGAAACAAUGAAGCAAAGACACGAACAGAGAGACUGCAGCAAGAGCUGCAGUUCCUGCUGCCUUCUGUACCCCCUGCUGCUUCGAGAGAGGCUGCUGCUGCAGCAGAACCACCGCCUAUACUCUCUCCCUGCGAUGGGGUCGUCCCUGUCGUUGAAAUACUCCCACAUGAUACAAAGACAAAAGAAGCUGUUACAUGUUUAUGCUUCAGCACCCAUCGACAUUCUGCUGAUUUUAUUUUCUUAGCAGCAGCAAGAAGAACAGGAGAAGUUACGGUGUAUAGAUGUUAUAAAUUAAAUGCAGAAAAAACAAAUACAUCUACGCAGCAGCAGCAGCAGCAGCAGGAGCGGGAGGAAGGGGGGCAGGAGCAGCAGCAGCAGCAGCAAUCUGCUGACAGCAGCAGCAGCAGCAGCAGCAGCGCAGCAGCAGCAGCAACAGGAGAAGGAGGUGCUAUUGAGAAUAAAGAAGAUAAUGAAGA